UUUUGAAGCCGGAACUGAUCAAGUAUCUGACUGGAGUGAUACUUGGAGCCGACAUGAACACACGUGGAUAAUGGACGUCAGCAAAACAGGACUCUAACAACAGCUCGACACACAGCCGUCUGCAUCUUGCAGAACCACUGGAGCGGAGAUGAAGGGGAAAGAGAGGCAGCAGCAGCAGCAGCGAGAGCUCGCGGCCUCGAAGAAGAAGAAGAGUAUGGCAGCAAGCAGCAGUGACGACGAAGAUUCUGACGUGGAGAGGAACUUCGCUCUGCUCACUAAAAGAGGAGGAGGAGCUGAGGAGGCGUACCAUGGAGAAGAGGAAGAGGAGGAAUUCAGUGAUGAUGACGAAGAAGAGGAAGACGAGGAGGAGGGAUCGGAUGUUGGUGAGGAAGAGUCUGAUGGUGGUGAAGAGGAGGACGGAGACAGUGGAGCGUCUGAGGAGAAGGAGGAUGAUGAUGAUGAUGAUGAUGAUGAUGAUGAUGAUGAUGAUGAUGAUGAUGAAGACCCAGAUGAUGCUGGUGGCAGCAGUGAGAUCCAGACCAGAGAUGACAUUAAAAAAGAACUCUCCAACAUGUCGUUUGAGGACAUCAUGAAGCUGCAGAACAAAGUGGGAACCAAAGUUUACAACGAGGUGGCGUACGGCAGCGACAAGAGUCAAAGGACGGGCAAAAAGAAACGCCUCAACAAGAACAGGCCGAUGGAGAUUUCAGCCAAGAAACCAGCUCCGUUCCUCCGUCAGGUCGUCUCCGUCAGGAAACCAACGCUGAGAGACCCUCGAUUUGACGACCUGUCUGGAGAAUACAAACCUGAGAUUUUUGAGAAGACGUAUAAAUUCAUCAAUGACAUCAGACACAGAGAGAAAGAGAUCAUCCUGAAGCAGCUGAAGAAGACGAAGAAGAACAACCAGAGGAAGGAGAAACUGCAGUUCCUUCUGAAGAGGAUGGAGAACCAGGAGCGAGCCAGGCAGAGCCGAGAGCAGCAGCGAGACAGAGAGCUGCAGUUCAAGAGGCACCAGAGAGAACGAGCCAAUCAGGGCGCCCGACCAUUCUUCCUCAAAAACUCCGAGAAGAAGAAGCUGCUGCUGGCUGAAAAAUACCAGGAGCUGAAGAAGAGCGGCAAACUGGAGAACUUCCUGAGCAAGAAGAGGAAGAGGAACGCCGGGAAGGACCGCAGGAAGCUGCCGAGACAGCUGCAGAACAAGAACGCUCAGUGACACAAAGAAAAAAAACACGUGAAGAAGAAGUCACUCAGCAGCUGGAGGGAGAUAAAGAAAAGACUAAUGACUCGUCUCAGCCUGCUGGAGGAGGAUCCUGGAGAAUGUCUUUGAUGUGUUCAAUGAUGCUCGGAUAUCUGAACAUUCAAAAGCAUCGGAAGUUCAUUGUUGACCUUGAGAAGGGACACUUUUCUUUUUCAGGGACUUUCACCUCGUCUCUCAGUUUUCAUAAUAUCGGAUUCAGACUGUGACAUUUUGUCUGUUCCGAUGGUCUCUAUGUCACAUUAGGUGACUGUGGAGUCAUAAAUCUUGCCUUGACUUGACUGACAGACGUGACAGACCACAUGAUGGUCCACACCAAUCAUGACUGGUCAUCUUUCACGACGUGUGUAUGAUGUCAUCAGAUUAUUCGUGUCUAUUUUCAUUAUUAUUACUAUGAUUUUAGUCCCUGUGUCUGGUCAUGUGCCAGCUGAACUGUAAUAAAAAGUGUCACGUUGUGCUAACGUGAAAACUUAGCAGGUCAGUUCCUGCAAAUGUUUCACAAUAAAAGCCUUUUUAGAAAAUGAAGGGAUUCUCUCAACUGAAAAUGACGAGGAGCUUUUAAUUUGAAACAGAAACAGGAAGUGUUGAGUUUGAUAUGACAAUUUGAUGCAUUAAAUUUGACAGGAUUAAAACUGAAAACAGAUUAACAAAUAACGUCCUGUUUCUAAUGUAGUGUGUUUGAGAUGCAGCUGGUAGCCUCUGCAGCUGUGCUGAGUAAAGGCCCAGACACUAUCUGUGAGUUUGAUUCCUUUAUAUCCUCCAUUAUGAAGAAAGAACAUUCUUUGCUAGCUUGAUGCUAAUGGCAGUACUCAGCGGGUUGAUAAAGUGCCUCUGCUGUUUCCUUUUUACUCUGUGUGCUAACGUCCCUACAGGAAAUAUCUCAAAGGCUGGGCUGUUGUUGUCCUACAGUUUCCACGGCAACAACGCUGGUUCUGUUCCAAAGUCAUUUGCCUUCAGUUUAUUUUUUAUCAAAUAUUUAACUAACGUUAACUCAGCAUUUUCUAAAACGUCUCUGUGGAGCUCUGGUACCUGUUGCACUGUCCGUGUCUGUGACGACCAACAACCAGUCUGAGCUACAUUUGUGUCUUCAGCAACUGUGUGUUGAACAUGUGACCAGAACAAAAAGGGAUUGUUCCUGUUGCCAUGGUUACUGUUGACAUGAGAAAUAAAGCCACAAGGGUUUAAAUCAGAA